CUUGUUGACACAUCCAUCAAGUCUACUUUACAGUUUGCAUCUCUAUUCAUCCGCUGUCCAUCGUGCUCGGGGUCAUUCUUUGUCACUGAGCCUUCUGCCUUAUUCUUCCGAGUCCCUCUUAGCGUUUUCGACCAUGUCUGAUGUAAAGGUCACUGUUGGCGGUGUCACCAUCUUGGUAGACCCCAGCAGUCAGACGUUGCGUACAAUCAACGUAGAUGGGGCCGCUGAUGGAACAGAUGCUCCUGUCGGGUCUGAAGUCGUCACUGAGCCUGCCAAAGAGGUGAUAGAGGAUGACCAAGUAAUGCUCGAAUCGACCAGGGACAAGACCGCCGAUACUGUUGAAGAAAUCAAGGAUGUGACCGGUACCACCGACGAGAAGCCUGUUGACGCAUCUAAGGAAGUUGUGGAUGAAGUCAAGGAAGUGUUCGAGGCCACGAAAGAGAAGGUUGCGGAGGUCGUUGAAGCAAUCAAGGAAAAGAUUGAGGAUGUCCUUGGAGAGGCGGAAAAGCAGACCCCCAACACCGCAGAUGAUGUCAAGAACACUGCAGAGAAAGACAAAAUUGACACUGGGGCCGUAGCUACCUCUGAAACUGCUGAUGAGUUCAAGGAUGCAGAGGAGCCACAGUCGGUACGACGAUCGUCUGUUUUCAAGGAGGUUGAGACUGGGACCAAUCCAGAGGGUACCGCAGUGGUCGAGAUCUCGGAGAUUCCGACUGCGGAAGAGUCUGCGGCUGGUGCUGAGCCAGUCCGAACGCUUGAGACCGUACCGGUCGAUGAUGCCUCAACUUUGAACGAGGGCGCUCAGAGUGCCAUAAACCGCAAGUCCACUUCCGUCACUUUUGACAAAUCUGUGUCCGAAGUCACCGUCCCUGUGAAGAAGGCUGGUCGAAAGAUCGAUAAGGCACGAGCAAAAAUACCCAAUGGUAUCUGGAAGCUUAUCCUGGGAAGCUCUCUUGUCGAUGUGGUGAAAACAAAGCUUCUUGAGCUUGCUGCGAAUCCGGCAUCUCCUCCACCGUUGCCUCAAGGCGAUGAAGUUGAGAACGUGACUGUAAAAUAGGAGCGCGAGAACAACCCACAACCCGCUCGCAUUCCCGCGACACACUUCCGAGCUACUUCGUCAUUGUAUCCCCUAUGACUCUUGUCUUUAAUG